AUCGAAAAAUUCAUAAGGGCUAUACUAACUUUGGAUCCAGAGGAGGGCUAGGCCGGGACCUGGGUUGGCCACCCCCUGGAUCCGCCAAUGGGUGUUUCUAGGAAGAAAGAAAACCCUGCAAUUAGUGGCGGAUCCAGAAUUUUUUUGUAGGGGUGUUCUCUUCUAAAAAUUAAAUUAAAUAAUACAUAAAUAAUAAAAAUAUCCAAUUAGUACAAAUGUUGAAAAAAAGCCACGAUGUAUUUUUCAUAUUUCGAAAAAAAUAUAAGAUAGAUUUGGUGUCUACACUGUUCAACAAAUCGGUAUAUCCUACUAGAUCGUAUAUUCAAUUUCUAACAUUAUUCAUGAUGUAAUUCAAAGUUAAAAAGACUAUUUCAACACUUACGGUGUAACCAUAAAAUCAAUUCAAAUUAGUGGUACCCCUAGGGAUAAGAAAUCGCAUUUUUACCAUUACAUAGUGUUUAAAAUAGAACGACAAAUGAGUUAUUACCUAAUGGAGAAGAUGUUUAAUAAUAGGAGUGUCCUAGAUGUAAAUAACACAAAAUACCACUUAUAUUUUUUUUAAUCAUAUGCAAACUACUAUCGAGGGUUAGAUAAUUGUUUAUUAAAAUUUUAGGGGUGUCCCGGAUUACCAAUUAUAUUUUGUUUAUCCAUACAAAACUACUACUGAGAGUUGGAUAAUCGUGUUCCCAAAAUUUAGGGGUGUACCGGGACACCCCUAAAGCACCAUGUAUCCGCCACUGCCUGCAAUGCAGAAAACUGAGGAGUUUGAAUAAUUGAUUCAGUUCGAUUUGAGUAGAGGGGUUUGGUUAUAAUGAACGCUGGAUAAGUGGGAGAAAUGGGAAGGCCACCGGGGAAUCCAGCGACGGCGGGAGAAAGGAAGAAGAUGCUUAGCUUUACCAACCACCGUAACCCGCCACCGCGGCAGGAGGAGGACGAUGACCGAGGAAAUAACUUGGCGAAACCCGCGCGAAAACGAGAAAACCCGCGUACCUGAAACGCCGAAACGCAAUACGUUUCGAACCACAAAAACACGCGGUAAAUUUAAAGGAAUUGACGAUACGUCUCCCGCGAUAUAGUAAAACAUAUCGACUUUCGUGCGAAAUAUUGACUCCGAGCUUAAUAGGCCAGCGGAAAAAAAUUGAAAUGCUGCUUCGGUGCUUCCUUCCGACUCACUUUGCUCCGAUCAGGCUCCGGCGUUUGCUUCUUCUACUGAGAAACAUCUGUCGGCGACGUAAGGUCGCAGCUUUGCCAAGUCACGAAGAUAUGGUAGUGGCAUUGCUGCGUCCGCUGCAAACAGCGAGCGCCACUCGCUUCACGGCUCCAUUCCCGCCGCCGCAGCCGCACAGAGCGCCGCCGCAAUCGGCGUGGCGGACGAAAUCGAAACCGAGGACUUUCUCAAUUCGCUCCUCCGCGGAAGCCCCAACUUCACCUUCACCCGCUUCUUCCUCCUCCGGCGCGCUGCAGGCUACGGAGAUUAAGGAAAGAUGCUUGAAAUGGAGGUGGAAGGGCCAGUACACGAUCAACUACUUCGUCGCCCAGUCUCCCGCCCGGUCACCGCCGCUUCUCCUAGUUCACGGCUUCGGCGCCUCGAUUCCUCACUGGCGCAGGAAUAUCGAGACAUUGGCGAAGAAUCGGGCCGUCUACGCCAUUGAUCUUCUAGGGUUUGGCGAGUCUGAUAAGCCGGAAGGAUUUUCUUACACCAUGGAAACUUGGGCUGAGUUGAUUCUGGAUUUCUUGGAUGAAGUAGUUCAGAAGCCGACGGUCCUAAUUGGGAACUCUGUGGGAAGUCUUGCUUGUGUAAUUGCUGCUUCUGAAUCCUCUCGAGCUCUGGUAUGCGGGCUGGUUCUGCUGAACUGUGCUGGUGGAAUGAACAACAAGGCCGUUGUCGAUGAUUGGAGGAUCAGGCUGUUGCUUCCUUUGCUGUGGUUCUUCGACUUCCUGCUGAAUCAACGGCCCAUCGCUUCAGCCCUCUUCGAACGCGUAAAACAAAGGGAUACGCUUAGGAAUGUCUUGUCGUCUGUUUAUGGGAACAAGGAUUCCGUAGAUGAUGAACUGGUGGAGAUCAUUAGAGGGCCUGCCUGCGACGAAGGGGCGCUGGAUGCAUUCGUCUCGAUAGUAACAGGGCCACCAGGGCCGAACCCAGUGACCUUAAUGCCGAAGAUAGCACAGCCUGUUCUGAUAUUAUGGGGCGACGAGGAUCCUUUCACUCCUCUUGAUGGUCCUGUGGGUAAGUACUUCUCAUCGCUGCCCUCGGAAUCGUCCAAUGUAAAGCUCUGCGUGCUGGAAGGAGUCGGACACUGCCCUCAUGAUGACAGGCCUGAAUUGGUUCAUCAGAAUCUACUUCCAUGGCUGGAUCAGCUUGUUGUUACCCAAUAACAUGACUUGUUCAUAUUUCAUUUUACGCUGUAAAUUCAUACUGACGCUGUAUGUACUAUAAUGCAUUGUAUAUUCUUGUAUUCUACGACCAAUAAUACAUCGUACCAUUUUGC